GCCGCCAACAUGGAGCACUUGGGGGCUGAGGGGCCUCAGGGAGGCCGGUGAAGGGGUAGUACAGGGGACCCUUUUCCUGCUUUGUCUGAGGCCGGGGAAGGGGGUGCGCGCGCAUGCGCACAGAAUCUCUGGCGGCGACACCAGCUGGAGGAAGCUGUUCUCAGUCCGCAGCCCAUCGAGGUGUCUCGUGUCCCCUGGAUCCCCAGCAGGGCUGCCGACCCUCCUCACCCGUCCCAGGCAGGCAGGCUGCGCAGGAGCAGUCAUGUCUUUGGGCGAGUACGAGAGGCACUGCGACUCCAUCAACUCCGACUUCGGCAACGAUUCGUCCAGCAGGAGCGGCCCCCGGCCUGCGCCUCCUGUCCUGGGCGGCGAGCAGGAGGAGUUGCAUUAUGCCCCCAUCCGCAUUCUGGGCCGGGGGGCCUUCGGCGAGGCCACUCUGUAUCGCCGGACUGAGGAUGACUCACUCGUGGUGUGGAAGGAAGUGGAUCUGACCAGACUCUCAGAAAAAGAGCGGCGUGAUGCUUUGAAUGAGAUUGUUAUUCUUGCUCUGCUGCAGCAUGACAACAUCAUUGCAUAUUACAAUCAUUUCAUGGAUAAUACCACACUGCUGAUUGAACUUGAAUACUGUAAUGGGGGAAACCUCUAUGAUAAGAUCUUGCGGCAGAAAGACAAGUUGUUUGAUGAAGAGAUGGUGGUGUGGUACCUAUUUCAGAUUGUAUCAGCAGUAAGCUGCAUCCACAGAGAAGGAAUACUUCACAGAGAUAUAAAGACAUUGAAUAUCUUCCUCACUAAAGCGAACCUCAUAAAACUAGGUGAUUAUGGUCUCGCGAAAAAGUUGAACUCUGAGUAUUCCAUGGCUGAGACUUUGGUAGGAACCCCAUACUACAUGUCUCCUGAGCUCUGCCAGGGAGUAAAAUACAACUUCAAAUCUGACAUCUGGGCAGUUGGCUGUGUUGCUUUUGAGCUCCUCACACUGAAAAGAACUUUUGAUGCUACAAAUCCAUUGAACCUCUGUGUGAAGAUUGUGCAAGGGAACCGGGCAAUUGAGGUUGAUUCUAGUGUGUAUUCUCUGGAUCUCAUUCAGAUGGUGCAUUCCUGCCUUGAUCAGGAUCCUGAGAAGAGGCCUGCAGCAGAUGAGCUCCUUGAUUGUCCCCUUCUCAGCCAACGCAGGAGGGAGAUGGAGGAGAAAGUUGCACUGCUUAAUGGCCCAAACAAGCGACCAAGAUCAAGCACUAUGAAUGAGGCUCCCAUUGCAGUGGUGACUUCGCGCAGUAGUGAAGUGUAUGUGUGGGGGGGUGGAAAGUCCACUCCUCAAAAGCUGGAUGUCAUCAAGGGUGGCUGCAGUGCACGACAGGUCUGUGCAGGAAACACUCACUUUGCGGUGGUGACAGUGGAGAAGGAGCUCUAUACAUGGGUGAACAUGCAGGGAGGCACCAAGUUGCAUGGCCAACUGGGGCAUGGAGACAGAGCCUCAUACAGGCAACCAAAGCAUGUGGAAAAACUGCAGGGCAAGGCUAUCCGCCAAGUGUCUUGUGGAGAUGACUUUACUGUGUGCAUCACAGAUGAAGGUCAGGUCUUUGCCUUUGGCUCAGACUAUGAUGGCUGUAUAGGAGUUAACAAGGCUUUUGGCUCUGAGGUUCUAGAACCUGAGCAGCUGACCUUCUUUCGGAACAAUCCUGUGGAGCAGGUAUCUUGUGGAAAUAAUCAUGUGGCUGUGCUGACCCGAAACCGAGAGGUCUACACAUGGGGCUGUGGAGAAUACGGACGCCUAGGGCUGGAUUCAGAAGAUGAUUAUUCCCUCCCACAGAAGGUGGAAAUUCAGAAGACCUCCAAUAUUGUCUCAGUCCAGUGUGGCAGUGAUGGAACUUUUCUGCUCACACAGACCGGCAAGGUCUUAGCUUGUGGUCUGAAUGAAUUCAACAAGCUGGGCCUGAACCAGUGCACUUCAGGGAUUAUUAAUCAUGAUGCUUACCAAGAAAUUCCCUACACCACCACCUUCACUUUGGCCAAGAAGCUCUCUUUCUACAAGAUCCGCACCAUUGCCCCAGGAAAGACACACACAGCUGCUAUAGAUGAACGGGGCCGCCUGCUUACUUUUGGUUCCAACAAGUGUGGACAACUGGGUGUUGGAGACUAUAAGAAACGUCUGGGUAUUAAUCUGCUUGGAGGACCCCUUGGGGGAAAGCAAGUUAUCAGGGUUUCCUGUGGUGAUGAGUUCACUAUAGCUGCUACUGAUGAUAACCAUAUCUUUGCCUGGGGGAAUGGUGGCAAUGGUCGCUUAGCAAUGACCCCAACAGAGAGAGCUCACAGUUCUGAUAUUUGCACAUCGUGGCCUCGACCCAUUUUUGGCUCCCUGCAUUACGUUCCCGAUCUGUCUUGCCGUGGCUGGCACACUAUCAUAAUUGUUGAAAAAGUGAUAAAUUCUAAAACCAUCCUUCGUUCAAGUAGCAGUGGCCUGUCCAUUGGGACUGUGGCACAAAACUCUACAACUGAAGGAGGAGAAGAUGAGGAAAGUGAGCGAGAAUCUGAGACCCCUGAUUCCAGCAGAGGUUUUAGAGGAACCAUGGAAGCAGACCAUGGAAUGGGGGAUCAUAUCAGUUCAACAGAAGACAUUGGAGAUAGCAGUGCUGCUGCCAGCAGCUCUUGCCCUAGCUGGCUGCGCAAGGAGCUGGAGAAUGCAGAGUUCAUCCCCAUGCCUGAAACACCUUCUCUUGUGAGUCUAGCCUCUUCAGGAUCUGAGAAGGAGACACUUCCCUACAAUGAGCUGAAGGGACUCCACUUGGCAUCUCCUCCUCCUGUUGAUACCAACAAGUCCACAACAGAGUCCUGGCAGCACCUCUUUGAUACAACAGAGGCCUGCAGUGAGGGGAAGACAUCUGUGGUGCCGACAGCUUGCAAGUGCAGUUUGUUGCAGGCUGAACUAGAACGACUGAAUGGUUUGGUAUUAAAAUGCUUGGCUGACCAGAAGAAGCUGCAGCAGGAAACAGUUCGUAUCAGUGCUCAGCUUCAGAGUCUCUCUAGGAUGGAAGGAACACAGCUGUUGGAAGCUCACACCAAAGCCACACAAACAACAUCUAAAGAAGAAAUAGAAGCGGAUCCAAAGCCUGACUUGGAUUCUGACUCCUGGUGUCUCCUGGGAACUGAUUCAUGCCGCUUCAGUCUUUAGUCUUUUGAGUCCACUGGAAUCCAUUCAAUUUCACAGCACACUAACAAUGCAAGAGCAGCUUUCCUGACUCCAGGUCUUUUGUGAACAUGGAGAUUUGAUUCUCCAGGACAGCAUCCCUGUAUGUGUGUGUGUGUGUGUGUGUGAGUGAGGGGGGCCCUCUUAAGCUAUGAGCAUAGGAGGAAAUUAAGAGAGUGGCAGAGCUCCAAGUUCUAGCCAGGGGCACACUCCAAUAUCGCAACAGCAGCAAGUCCUCAUAUCAGCCUGCCCUUGAGGUCAAGUCACCACACCACAGGAAUUGCUGUAGGCUCUUCAUUCUUUCAUAGCUCCCCAAUGGCAGUAUUGAGCUCCCAACAUUAGUUGCUUCAUCUUCAGGCAAGUAAAAGGAGAAAACGAUGUAUCAAAACUGGCUGAGCCCCAACAUUGUGGUCAGGUUGAAAAUGUCCUGAAAGGUUAAGGGGCAGGACCCCUGCCUCUGUGGAAGCCAGGGAAAGAGCUUGCUCUGAAUGUAGAUAAGAGCUCGCAAAACAGAUAAAUGGUAGCACUUACAUCUUUUACUUCAGAUGCAUUUCUAGUCCUAUUUCCUCCAGUCUGUACCAAACGUGUUUAAAGCUUUAACUUAAGGGAUGUUUGGAAGAGGAUCUCAAGCACCCAUUCUUAGCACUUCCUGCUAAGCAGAAAUGAACAACAACAAAAAAAACUGGCCGAAGCUUCCUGUUAUCCAAGAAGAGUUCAUGACAGCUGUUUAAAAGCCAGAGAAGGAAUGUGUAGAAUUUUAAUUUAGACAGUUAUUUGUUCCAUCUGUUCAGCUUGAUUUGAAUACCAGAACUUUUCUGAUUGUGUGCCUAGUUUCUUAGAAGAGCAGCUGAACGCUUCUUACUCUACGCCCUACCCCAGUUUUUGCUUCCUGUCUAGUAUUUGAGCCCAGAAGGCAGCUGUGUGGGCUUUAACAAUGCACUGACCAAACUACUGGCAGUGUGUGGCCAUAUGUCACUUCAAAGCAUUUUGUAUACUAUCAGUAAUAUACUAUGAAGUAACUUUGAUUGCAGGAUAGUCCAUUUUCCCAUUAAAUAUUGAAACUGAUUCUUUUGCUAAUUAGUUUGCCCAAUUGAUUAAAAUGUGGAGUAGACAUGACUCCUGGCAGGCACAUCUGUGUUCUUCUCCACAAUUCCUCACAGUCUAACCUAACUCUCUGGAAUAGUCUCUGUACCUUGGUAUUCCUUACUUUUCUUAGGGUGGGGGUAUUUUAUGUACGUGUGCACGUGCACCUGGACGUCAUGGCGACCUUUGGUGACUGGGGGCAUGGAAGAUAUUCAGAAAGAUGGCUAAAUAAAGCCUGCUUCUGGAUCUGGUAUUCCAAGGAGGUCUCCCAUCCAAGUACUUGCCAGAAUCAACCCUUUUUAGCUUCUGAGAUUGGGCUUAUCUGGGCUAUCCAGGUCAGGGCUAGUAUUGCUUACUUUUGAUCUGGUCGUGGUAUAUUGUGGUCUUAGCCUCCCAUACGCAUGUCUCUAAGAUCCCUAGGUACACUUCUCUUCUAGAAGCAUGUUCAGGCUGAUGAAAUAUUCUCUGGCUGGAGAUGGGUGCCAGGGCAUCCUAGGAAUAGCACAUUUUUAAAAGCUUUACCUGGUUCAGUUUUAUAACAGUAAAUAGAAAAGAAUUAGGCUGUCUUUUCCUGUGUUCAGGCGCAAGAUCAAGGAGGCUUGACUUCUUUACUAUUGGAAGGAGGAGCACAAAUAACCUAAUGAAUUCCAAAUUAUUCAGUAGAUUGUGACAUUUGAUUGUUCUUUAUACACAGGAUCUCCUGUAAGUAUUGGAUUGUAUAAAAGUUAUACAGUAGAAAAGAACUGGGCCAUGUCCAGCAAAGAUUUGCUGACCUGAUGGGGGUUGCUCUCCUGCAGCGCACUGCUAUCUUUAUUUCACAGUGCUCCAUGUUUGGGAAACAAAGUGCGGUGCUCCCCUUGGAGCUACUGGAGUAGUGGAUUACUAUACUGAGGGGGACCUGUGCUUCACAGCGAUAUGUGCCUUAAUAAAGGAUUCACACUGUCCAAUAUGUGCCUGUUACAGACCACAACUUAACGCACCAACUAUUUUAUGUAACCAAAGAAGCAUUUUAAAACAGACCUUGUUCUGGACUUAAGAGUGAAGAACAAGUGGGCCAGGGUGCCUUGGAGCGGUUUCAGACCCACAUCUCUUCUCCAUUCAACAGUGCUAAUUAUGCAGAUUUUGGUCUCUUGCUAGCAUUGUUAUUGAUUUGUUAUAGUAGAAUGUCUUAUAUCUGCACUGUCAUUAUAUAUCUUUGAGAUGUUCGAUGGUGGAAUGGUUUGAAGUUUUCUUUUAAAUAAACAUUGACACUUAUUA